GGCGGUGACAGAGGCGGCCCCGCCAGAACGGAGGCGCCCCCGGAGCUGCGCGGACCCGCUCCCCGCGCGCGCCCCCGGCUCCAGCUCGCGCCCGCUUUGUCCUCGCGCCCCCUCGCGCGUGCCCUGCGUUCCCCCGGUAGCCGCCAACGGACGCGGACGCGGACGCGGACGCGGCGGGCGGGGGAGGGACGGAGUCGUCUCCGCAGGAAUUUCUAGAAUUUCUAGAGUAGAAAGAUAUUGGUCAUGUCUCGACGCAGUCAACGCCUAAGUCGCUAUUCUCAGGGCGAUGAUGACGGAGGCAGCAGCAGCAGCAGUGGAGGGAGUUCCCUGACAGCCGGCCAGCAUACAGUCUUCAAGGACAGUCCCCUCAGGACUCUGAGGAAGAAACCCAGCAGCAUGAAGCGCCUCUCACCAGCCCCCCACCUGGGCUCGGCGACCAAUCCUCAUACCACCUACUACAGCGAGUCGGUCGUCAGCGAGUCCUAUGUCGGGGGUCCUCGGGCCUCCUCAAUGGCCAGAAGUGCCAUUGAGGCUCUGAACGAUCAGCUGGACAGUGAUUCCUACUGGAGUGGGGACCUGCUGGUGAGAAGGAGGAGAGGCACAGGGGGUACUGAGAGCAGCAAGAUUAACGGACUGAACGAGGGGAAAGUCACCUAUGAUGUCUACGGCUCAUCCUCGGGCUACUCCUCUGAGGAUGACUAUGCAGGGCACGCAGGCAUGGACCAACCUGGUUCUGCAUCCACACUCAGGAAUGCUGCCUCCCAAGCAGGAGCUUUCCUGUGGACGGCAAUGACUUUUCCUGGUCGGCUCUUUAGCCUGUUCUACUGGUGGCUCGGCACCACCUGGUACCGCUUGACCACAGCUGCCUCCCUGCUGGACGUCUUUGUCUUAACCAGGCGCUUUUCGUGUCUGAAGAAGUUGCUCCUGUUUCUCUUGAUGCUCUUGCUGCUCGCUUCACUGGCUUAUGGUGCCUGGUAUUUCUACCCCUACGGAUUCCAGACCUUCCACCCUGCUAUGUUCUCCUGGUGGGCAGCAAAGGGCAGCAGCAGGAGAGAGGAGGCGUGGGAGUCAGGAGACUCCACCCCGUAUUUCCAGGCUGAACAGCGGAUUCUCUCAAAGGUUCAUGCUUUGGAAAGGCGUCUGGAAACUCUGGCUUCCGAGUACACUGCCCAACAGCAGAAGGAGGCCACCAGGCUGGAAUGGCUGGAAAUACGGCAAGGGGCCAGUGGCAGUGGCGCUGGCAAAGGCCUGAGCUCUGAGGACACUCUGGCACUGCUGGAGAGCCUGAUAAGCCGGCGAGAAGCUGCCCUGAAGGAGGACUUCCGCAGGGACACCACUGCCCACAUCCAGGAAGAGAUUACCACCUUCAGAGCAGAACAUCAGCAGGAUCUGAAUAACCUUCUGAAGAAGAUUACUCAGGAAUCCCAGGAGAUGGAAAACUGGGUCCUCCAGCUCAAGUCUGAUUGGCAGAGUUUGGCCCAAGAUGCCCUUCGGGAAAACACACUAAAGGAGCUGGGCCCUCUGGAGGCCCAGCUGGCUGGCCUGAGGCAGGAGCUGGCCACCUUGAGCCAGAAGUAUGCUGCAGUGGCACAUCAAGUGGACCUUUGGCCACAGAAGAUGGAGGCCCUGCGUGGGGAUGUAGAGUCUCAGUUCCCAGCCUGGAUCACUCAGUUCCUUCUUCGAGACAAGGGAGCUCAGGCCGGGAUCCUGCAGCGAGAGGAGGUACAGGCCCAGCUACGGGAGCUGGAGCACAGAAUCCUCACGCAUGUGGCUGAGGAGCAGGGCAAGUCCAGCAGGGAAACUGCAGCCAGCCUGGGGCUGACCCUUCGAAAGGAAGGAGUGACUGGGGUGACUGAGGAGGACGUGCACCAGAUCGUGAAGCAGGCCCUGAAGCGCUACAGUGAAGACCGUAUCGGGCUGGUGGACUACGCCCUUGAGUCGGCAGGGGCCAGUAUCAUCAGCACCCGCUGCUCAGAGACCUACGACAAGACAGCCCUUCUCAGUCUGUUUGGCAUCCCCUUGUGGUACCACUCCCAGUCCCCAAGAGUCAUCCUCCAGCCAGACGUCUACCCCGGCAACUGCUGGGCAUUCCGGGGCCCCAGGGUCUUCGCUGUGGUGCGCUUGUCUGCUCGUAUCCGUCUCACCGCUGUCACCUUGGAGCAUGUGGCCAAAGCCCUGUCCCCCAUCAGCAACAUCCCCAGCCCUAAGGACUUUGUCAUCUUUGGGCUAAAUGAAGACUCACAGGCAGAGGGAGGCCUUGGGCAGUUCACCUAUGAUCAGGCUGGAGAGCCCAUUCAGACCUUCCACAUUCAGGGCAAUGACACAGCCACAUACCAGGUGGUAGAGCUUCGGAUCUUGAGCAACUGGGGUCACCCCGAAUAUACCUGCAUCUACCGCUUCCGUGUCCAUGGGGAGCCUGCCGAUUAGCCUCUUCUCUGUGGGUUCCUUUCAGCACCCCGCGCGCCUUUUCCCCUUCAGCACUUCCCCUUCACCAGCAAGCAGGUCCCUCAACUCCUCCUCCCUCCCUCAAGCUUAAUCCUCUGCAGGCACCGUGGCUUCUGGGAGAGAGGCAAAGGUAUGGGAGCCCACGUCCAUGAGCAGCCUUGCCCACUGGGCCCUCUCUGAUAAGGAGGCGGCCACCAACUGAGCCCAUCCUCUUGAGGGCCAGCUGGCCGAGCCCCCUGCCAGGCCCUGCCCACCCCCAGCAGGUGUAUAUAUGGCUGUGUAUUAUAUGACGGGGGUGUGGAUAGGACGCCCUGAGAGCCUUCCUAUGGGCAACAGCAGUCCCACAGAACCACAGCUAACAAUACCUUGGCUUACCUUGCUCUAGGACAGGGAAUUGGGUGAUGAAGGGCGGGACAAAUCAGGCAGCUGUCAUGGGCCUGCCCCAGCAGGGACUGAAGCCCAACCAGGGUACCUUCAUCAUGGGACAUGAUGGGGGCAGUUUGAAAUCUGAAGCACCUGUGACUGACCACACUUACCUGGGCUUUUUUGUCCGGACAAGGCCAACAGCCUUGAUUGAAGCAAGUUCUGCCCCCAGGAUUCCUGUACGUCCCCCAGGGUAUAGCCAUAACUGGGAGGCCCCUAUUCCCCACUGGGGUUUAAUUUAGAGAGAGGAACUGAGGGCUUCCUGUGAGGGGGGAAGGCAGUAUUAGAUACAGCAUUAAUCAUGGAUUGAUUAUGGUGAAAGGAAGGUGGGGCUCAGGGUGCUGGAGACCCAGGGCCAGGGCUCCCAAGGCAGUCAGUGCUACUGCUGCCAGGCUUCUUCGUGCCCCCCUCACGGACUCAGAAACCCUACUCCUUCAUCCACCUUCUUGCCUGGAACUCGGUCACAAUGGGCUCUCCUUGGGGACCCUCAGCACAUGCCAGUGUCGGUGUGGUGGAAAAGGGGCCCAGCAGGGACACCCAUGGCCAUGGCCCUGGCCAAGGUUGGCAUUGAGCCCAUGCUGCCCUCUCUCUCCGGGGUGGACCUGGCUUGCCCCAAGGGCCUCUGCAGGCAAAUGGGGCCUCAUAGGCCUCCCCCGGCUCUUACUCUGGGCUCUGAUUUAGUUCUUUUCUGACAUGGUUAGCACAGGGGCAGGUGUUCAUUGGGAUGGGGUUGGGGGGAAGCUGUUGGAGUUAAGGCUGGGUUGGGAGGGGGAGGGCAAAAUCUUUGGCCCUGCGGGCCGAUCAUAUUGUGUAUAUAGAUAUAUAUAUUUAUAUUUAUAGAGAGAUAUAUUUCAUGGUUCUUUUUUAUCAGAAAGAAAAGCUAAGGACUGCCUCCCCCGGGCCCAGCUUGGGAGGGGGCUACCGAGCACUGACCCCCCACGGUGCCAUCGCCUGCUUCGUGGCCUCUUACCGUCAGGAGGGCAGGCAGGGGCUCAUGCCACGCGGCUGGGCACCAGUUCCCUAAGGCAGCAGGGGCACCCUCUCUCCUGCAGGUCUCAAGGGCCAGCAGCAAUCUGCGCAGGGCUGAAGCCAGCUGCCCCUCAGCCCAGCCUGCUCCCUCUGCUUUUGUCCCUUCCUCAGGACGCCCCGAUAGGAACCUACAGAUGGGGGCUUAGCUCUUCCCCAUCACAAAGGCCACAUGGUUUAAUUCCUUAGUUUUAUUUUUUAAUCAACAGAUUCUAAUUUAUGCCUAUGCAAAAACAAUAAAUUUUCUCUUGGA